AUCAUCUACCAAGGUGGCCAAGUGUUCAGUCUCGCCAACCACUUAAAUGGCCGGGUGGGUUUCGUGGCCACCAUGCCCAGCACAAGUGCCUCUAUCUUCAUCAACAACACCCAGCUGUCAGACACGGGGACAUACCAGUGCCUGGUCAACAACCUCCCCGACAGAGGGGGGCGCAACAUCGGGGUCAUCGGCCUCACCGUGCUGGUGCCCCCGUCGGUGCCCUCAUGCCGUGUCCAGGGCACGCUGGACGUGGGCGCUGACAUCAUGCUGAUGUGCAGCAGUGAGGAGGGGAUCCCCACACCCAGCUACACCUGGGUGAAACUGGAGUCGCUGCCCAAGCUGCCCCACACCGCCAUGCAAGACCAGAUGCAAGGGACCGUAACACUGAGGAACAUCAGUACCAGUACCUCUGGUCUGUACCAGUGUACAGCCUCCAACGCCAUCGCCAAGAGCACCUGUCUACUCAACCUGCAGGUUGUGGCACCUCAGCCCCAGAGUGUGGGUCUCAUAGCUGGCACCAUCGCCACGGGCGUGUUGGCUGUCAUCAUCUGCUCUCUACUGGUGCUGGUGACACUCUUCUAUUGGAAAAACAAGAACAAAUACGAGGAGGAGGAGAUACCCAACGAGAUCAGGGAGGACGACCUGCCCCCUAAGAGGUCGUCUUCAGUGAAAGCGUUUCACGCCGACGCCUCAUCCUCGGAGAACGACACCCUGACGUCCACCAACACCUACAACAGCCGCUAUUGGCACAACCCCAAGCCCAACUACGACACCAACUCCUACACCCGCUACAACGGCGACACGCGCCAGACGUUCUCUACGGGGCAGGCGGGUCACACAGGUCAAACGGGGGGACAUGCAGCGCACACAGGACACGGGACGCUAGCUCCGCCGGGCUCCGCCCCCCUGGCCCGCCAGGCCUACUCCAAUGGUAGCCACACCCUCCCCCCGCCCAAGACUCUGGUGGUCACCACCAACUCCGCCCCCUCCCCUCCCGCCAUGGUGCGCAGCAAUGGCUCGGUGAGCCUGAAGCCCGUGACGGUGGCAUCGCAUGGCGGGUACACGCACUCGUACGCCGUAAGCCAGGCCACGCUGGAGCGCAUGGGCGCCGUGCCCGUCAUGGUGCCAGCCCAGAGCAGAGCAGGCUCUCUGGUCUAAAGUAAACUGUUACUGGGCUGAACCAGCCUGCCUCCCCACUUCUCUGAUUCUCCCUUUUUAACUCAAAAACAGGAUUUGACAAUACCGACUUCAUCUAAUGCCAACGUCUCCAAGUACAGGACCCCGUUUAAAAGCAGCUCCAGGUGUUCUAUUCCUAUUGGUUGGUUUUGUAUCUCUUCUUGGGUGUGGUUGUCUCUCACUGGUUCCUUGGAUUAAAUGGCUGUAACCAGUGGGAUUAUCGCACAAAAGUUACACAUAAUCUUCUAACUUUUCAGGUGAUUGUGGCUGUGGGUUUUGGACUCGUCACGACAGUGAGCAUUAACCGUUUAAUCUCUGUUUUAACCACAUCUAGACACUCCGAAUCCUGCAAGUCCCAGGGAGAGGCAUCCGAUCGUGCAUGUAUAUUCCAUUAAAAACUAACAACCAGAUUCUUGCUAUUAUUUCAUAUCACUCAGCUAUUGCGGUGAUAAUAAUUGUUUCGUAUCUUAAAAAAUGACAGAGAUGUUCUUUGAUUCACUGCAGUGGUCUUACAUGAACAGAACCAUGGCGGUGGAAAUGGCCUUAGAAGAGCAGAAAGUUACGGAAGGGAUUUCUGCUGAAGUACCAAAUAGCAGAGACAACAGAAUGGCACCACAGGAGGCUGGUCCCGUAAUUGGACAGGGGUUUUCUGAUUCUGUCCAUUAGUUCCAACUUCAACAUGUUCAUUUGUUUUUGCACAGUAGCACACUUUCAUCACCAACUCCCCUGAAGAAAUGUCUUAUUAUAGAACGGUCUUACUGAAUGCAUCCCCUUACCUCUACAGUGUUACGAAUGGGAGAGAUAUACUGUAGCCUCUCCAGCGCAGACUUGUAAGGGUUCAGCAUUUAUAUUGAUUAGGUCCAGUAUUGAUAUCUAUGGUCUUACCUCAAGAUUCUAUUAUAUAAAAAAUAAAAAAACUUUCCCUGAAACUUGAAUCUGCAGUUUGAGAUGACUGACAGUGUUUGUGAAGUAUGUGCUAUUGUAAACAUGCUGCUGAUUCGUUUGAACAAAAUCCAAUUCUCACAUCAGUGCUGCUUUGACAAUAAAACAUAGUAUUUAUAUAAAACA